AUGUGUCUCAAUCGAUGGUGGACGUGUGGGCAUGCACGGUGUUCAUUUUAUUCUUCUCUUACGUUGGUGUCGCUAGAGAGGAGCGGUCGGAUGGUCCCCCUCGUCACCGGGCUGGUAGGUGGGAAAAUGACGCGGCUACCCUUGUGUAGUGUUCCUGCUGUCUGCAACUGGCGUGAGUAGUCGGAACAGUAACUGUUUUUGGGGGGGGGCUCAGGGAACCGCCCGCAAAGCUCGCGUCUUCGGCAUUGGCGUAGAGGGCAUGUGAAAGUAUACAUACAUUCGUUCGGCUGUGCUGUUUUCUUGAAAUGGCAUGGCGUAGAAGCACGCAUACUAAUUUCGGAAACGUUUGGGUUUUUUUUUUGUGCGAGUGUCGGAAGAGUUUUUUUUUUUCCCUCUCUCCGUGGGUCUGUUGUCUGUACCUUUAAAUGUGAUUUUUAGCUGGCGACGACGAGAACGUGUUUCUUGGUCUUGAGAAGGGCACGGAAACUGCGGAACUGGAUAGAUAUGUACAUUCUCGAACGGUUUGCUGAUCAUUGCGUUAGUAGAGACACGGAAGCCAAUGCUCCUGUCUCUUGUCCAUGCUGUACGAAGAUAAACUCACUUGCUGGUCUGUCUCGUACCGCCACCACUUUUACGAAACUUGUACUUUAGCGCAAGGCCCUCGCUCCCUCUGUUGAAGAUGAGCGAGGGGACGAUCCAGCAGAGAAUGUGAAGGCUGUAAGGUGUGAGUAGAGAUGCAAGUUCUAGUGUUUCGUGAAGCUCGAGCCCUCCAUUUCGUAGCUACCAAGUCUGAGUUUGGUUGCACAUCGAGGGAGUAGUUUGGGUGUGUUUUCUUUGCUUUUCGUUUUUGCCUGUAUGUCGACUUUUUGGUGAUUCGUCCAUGCGUCGUGCUUGUUUCUUGGCGUCUCAUUGUCUCCCUACCCUAGUCGAGUGUUCGUUGUACUUUGCGUCAUUUCUGUCGUUUUCGUUUCGUGUUUUUGCUCUACAAGCACGUCUCUUCUUGCGUCUUGUCUGCUUUCAACAUUUUUGGUUUAUUUUUUUUGCUUUCAGUCGUUGUCUCUAUAUAGGACACUUCUUCUUCUUGACUUGCAGCCGUCCGUCGAGCUUUGUUGUCUCUUUUGGAUUUUUUCGUCUCGUAGAAGUUUUCAUGAGUGACACGGGAUUGUCGAAGCUGCGGGUCAGGGUGCUAUCGGUGGUCAGAUAAGAGGUCUUGCCGUGACGGCACGCUUCGUCGAAAACGACGCAGCAGCGGUCACCCGUCCCAAGUUGCUGUAACGCCCACGAGGGCGUUGUGAAUACACCACCUAUCGGAAAUGUAGGGACCAUUUGUUACCCGCGCUUGUGUCCGAAUGGCUCCUUUAUUCUCGAACAGAGUGGUACCUCCGUGUGCACUCCGCGAAGUCCCCGAGGAGGUUCCAUUAUUAUUCAUAGUCGUACGUAGUCCUGAGGCGCAUGUGCCAUUGUUUUGCUCAGCUUCCCGAGUUUCAGCGAUGGCUCCGCCUCUCGUUUCUUCCGACGUUUUUCCAACCCUCUCCUGCUGCUGCUGUAGCCACCCUUCUCUAGCUCUGGUUUGGAGGUUGGGUUGAGCUCUUGGGUCAGUGAUAUGGGUUCAGCGUUUGUUUUUCGGAGGUGGUGAUGUGAUCUGGUUUUGGCGGGAUGAUUUCUUGUUUUAUUUAACUAAUUAUGAUGGAACCUACAUUUCAUGGUGGGCUAGCUGCUUGAAGGUGGCAGCAGAGGAAAAAGCGUUGGAUGGGGGACUAAGUUUUUUUUUUCAUGUCGAGACAAAGACAAAUAAGCGUUGCUAGUGGGCAAGGAUGUUGAAUAGCUCGGAUAUUGUGUGUUGCCCGUUGUUUGUUCGUGUACCAUAGCAAGCUCAAAGAGGAAUGGUCACAUUGUACUUGUGGUUCAGGCAACUUUUAUUGUGAGAACAUAAUUUGGAAAGCUACUUCGUGUUUUUCUUGUAGUGCUCGGUCUGUUUGAUUGGUGUAAGUCGUGUGUCGGGUAGCAGGUCGUAUCGCCUGGCCAAAGACAAACAACUUUCGACAUCC